UCGUGUGGAGAUGCUGAUCACUGAACCGCUCCCAGUGCUUAUUAGUGCUCUCUCUCUGCCGGAUCGCAUUGUGCUCUGCUGAUUCAGUGCCUUAAGCAUCUCUCCUCCACCACCGGCACAAACCGCAACGCCUGAACACUUCACCCAAACCACGACAAUGGACAAAAUCGCUGUCGCAUACAAAGAAAAGAUGAAGGAGCUAUCCAUGUUCUCACUCAUAUGCUCCUGUUUUAACCCAAGGCUACAGAAAAACCUGGACGCCAAGACAGACUUCAUGGAGGUGAAGCCCAUAAACAAACGGGCCUCGGGUCAGGCUUUCGAGGUGAUCCUGAAGCCCCCUUCUCCAGUGUCAGAUGUGGCUCACAGUAUCGCAUCCCCUCCCAAGAAGAGGGACAUCUCUCUGGAAGACAUUCAGAAGAAACUGGAGGCCGCUGAAGACCGCAGGAAAUCUCAAGAGGCCCAGGUGCUGAGAGCUCUGGCUGAGAAACGAGAGCACGAGCGAGACGUGCUCUUCAAAGCCAUGGAAGAGAACAACAACUUCAGCAGGAUGGCCGAGGAGAAGCUCAUUUUUAAAAUGGAGCAAAACUCCGAGAACCGCAGGGCUCACAUGGCGGCCAUGUUGGAGCGCCUGCAUGAGAAGGAGCAACGUGCUGCUGUGGUCCGCAGAAACAAGGAGCUGAGAGAAGAGCUCACAGCGUGAAGGCAUCUUUUCCUCACUUUUCCUCACUCCGCUCAUCAGCUCACUUAUCCUCCUCUUACACACACACCCACACACACCCACACCCACACACAGUCAGUACUAUCUAGCAAGUAACAUUCUCCUUUACCGUUUAAAUGGUCUUGCUUGAUUUCAUAGAUUAUGACAAAUUAUUUUGUAAAUACAUCAUAUAACUUUUAGAUGAAACAAAAACACACGUCAAAUGUAUCCAACUUAUCAUGACAGUGUUAAUUUAUUUAUCUAAUUAUGUUUGAUUAGAGAUAUCAUUUUUUUAUUCAUUUGGACGAUUCGGGAAUUCUGGACUAAAUGAUGUUUAGUCUCAUUGUGAAGAAUGCAAACAGAGACACACUGGGACACUCCCAGCAUACACACACACACACACACACACACACACACUCACACACACACACGAAAAAAUAUACAACAAACCGUACAGUGUAUUUACGCUUAUAUACAAUAUAUUCAUGAAAUUACACUUCUUCCAUCUACUGAAUGACACAACCUUGUUCAAGCUUAACACACUGUCCAUCUGCAGCAUCACAUCGACACUCUCCAACUUCUGGACUUAAUAUAAAAGUGCAAAAUGUUUAGUCUCUUUACAUGCCCUUUUUUAUAUUACUCAUAAGAGCAUGUUUUUCUCACUCUGACUUCUCCAGCUAACGUUGGCACUGGCUAUCAUUUUCUGAACAUGAACGCACUCAACUGAGCUUUUUUUUUUUCCAGCAGAACAAAUGUCAUCAUUAUUGCGCCAUAUAUUCUGCUAUUAAUGUAAAACCUUUGCUGGUUGAAUUUCAUCCUCCUAACUUCAGCCAUUGAGGAGGAAUCAUUUGUGUGAAUCUGAUUGAGUGUUUGUGUGUUUGUUUGUGUGUGUGUGUGUGUGUGUGUGUGUGUGUGUCCAUAUUAUGGUGGCUAAGCGUCUGUGACCGUUUUUUUUGGAAGCAACAUGUGAGAUGGAAACAGAAUAUGCAUAGAAUUUUUUUCCUUGUUUUUUUUUUUUAAAAACUUAUUUAUUUAUUUGAUUAUUUAUUUAUUUAUUUAUUUUCAUGGUUUCCUCUCAAAAUAUGCCUGCCUGCAUCUUCUGCUGCGUAAACUGUGUUUUCCCCUCAUUUCUCUGUGUGCAAAAUUUGGUGAAUAAAGAUUUGGGGUUCUGUGAA